AGAAAAAUACUCUUGAGUUGACGACACAGCGUCGAGCUGUGUGCUUUGAAUGUAUUAUCUGUGUUUCAAAACGCUAACGAACAUUUUACGAUGGAAUUACCGGAGACGAUCAGAAGACGUUUAGACGAUUUUUCUCGAAACGUCUUAUUUGACCAGACUAGCGCGCAGAUGUCCCCAAAACACCACGAUACGUUUUUUCCACACGAUAGGCAGGUUCUGUCCAGCCUCCACCUCCAGAUGUCGCUGUUCUUCAACACAUGGUUCUUCCCACUCUGGUGGAUCAGUGAAAUUGUGAUGCUGCAGCUCAAGUAUCCUGCCUUACCAGAGUACUACAAGUUUAUCGUCAUCACUGUUCUCAUCCUGAUGACACUGAUUGAGGCCAUUAGACUCUAUCUAGGUUAUGCUGGGAACCUGCAUGAAAAGGUGCCAGAGUUGGCUGGUUUUUUGUUGCUGAGCAGCCUGCUGCAGUUUCCAUUAAUCCUGUUUCAGCUCUUCAAUGAAGCUAUUCUCAUCCAGCCCUUAGAGAGAGGUGUUCACAUAGUUUUCACCUUAUUCUUACUCACACAGGCAUUCCUGGGUUUCGUGGCGCUCCGGGACAUGGUGAGACACACAGAAAGCCAGUUUCAUCUGCGACAGUCUCACUAGAUUUUGAAGCUUUGACCUGUCUGCCACAUCUGGAUACACAGGAUAUAUGUUUACUACCUUUGUGUGUAUGAAUAUGUGUGUGUUUUCAGAUCAAUUAGCCCAUUGUUAAGUGCAGCAGAGUUAAAGGUUGAAAUCUUUAUUGAAAAUAUGGUCAAGCCUGAUGAGGCAAUACAACAAAGUGGCAU